AUGGGGCGUAGAAAGCAAGCAUCUAUUUCGGCUAAGGGAACUCCAAUAAACGAAAGAAUUCUACGGAUAGUGGAUAAGACGAGUUCAGAGGAAAGAUCCUCAGAGGAAUCGGCUGGGUUGGAAUCGGCUAGGUCGAAAUCUGGAUCUGAAGAAGCGGAGGAGACAGGGUCAGAAGCUGGGUCUGAGGAGGAAGAAGCGGAAGAAAACGUGGUAUGUAAAGCUUAA